GGGCCACACAACAACAGCCGAGCAGAGAAGGAGAGCGGCCGGGACAGAGGAGAGGAGGCAGGCGGCCGAGGAGCUUCUCUCUGCCACAUAAAUGGAGGAUUUGUCCGCCGCGGAGGAGGAGGACUGAAGGAGCGAGAGAAGAGAAAGAAGAGAAAAGGGGAAAAGAAAGAAAAAAAUGGCUAAAAACCAGGAAGUGGAGCGCAUCGCCAAAAAGCUGGACAAGAUGGUGCAAAAGAAAAACACGGACGGCGCCAUCGACCUGCUGAGGGAGCUGAAGAACAUCAAGAUGUCUCUGGAGACGCUGCAGUCGACCAGAGUCGGGAUGUCAGUGAACGCCGUGAGGAAGCAGAGCUCAGAUGAGGAAGUUCAGACUCUGGCCAAGUCCCUCAUCAAGUCCUGGAAGAAACUGCUGGCAGAUGGGUCAGAUGGAAAGGGGGAGGAGAAAGAAAAGAAGAAGGAGGGCUCUCCUGUGAGGUCGUCAUCCACCUCCAAGGACUCCGGCAGCAGCGAGAAAAGCAGCAAGAAGUCCGAGUCCCCGCCCACCCCGACCUCGCCCACCACCCCGACCACGCCCACCUUCACCUCCCGCUUCACCUCCUUCCCCCCCGCCCCCGUCACCACCGACAACGUCAGGACCAAGUGUCGAGAGCUGCUGGUCGCCGCGCUACAGACCGACGACGACUACAAGACCAUCGGAGUCGACUGCGAGCACCUGGCCGCUCAGAUCGAAGACCUGAUCUACCAGGAGUUCAAGUCGACAGACAUGAAAUAUAAAAGUCGUCUGCGAAGCCGCAUCUCCAACCUGAAGGACCAGAAGAAUCCAGACCUGCGCCGCAACGUCCUGUGUGGCAACAUCUCCCCUGAGCGCAUCGCCACCAUGAGCGCCGAGGAGAUGGCCAGCGCGGAGCUGAAGCAGAUCAGAGAGGCUCUGACCAAAGAGUCGAUCAGAGAGCAUCAGCUGUCCAAAGUGGGAGGAACAGAGACGGACAUGUUCAUCUGCAGCAAGUGCCACAGCAAGAACUGCACAUACACACAGGUGCAGACUCGCAGCGCCGAUGAGCCCAUGACGACUUUUGUGUUGUGUAAUGGCUGUGGAAACCGAUGGAAGUUCUGUUGAAGACGAAGCGUGUGGAAAUCAUCCCUUCAUGAAAUGAUUCGCCUGAAGUGAAUUGAAUUUGGAUUUAAAAAAAUAAUAAUAAUUUAGAUUUUUUUUAUUUUUUUUAUUUUGUUUUGUAUAUUUUCUUUUUUAUAUUUAAAUAUAAUCACAAGCCUGUAAUAUAUUUGGAGUAAACUAUGACAUUUAAUGUAGUCCUUUUUUUGUUUUGAUAUAUUUUGUAUGGAGCACUUAAAAAAAAAAAAAAAAAAAAAAAAAAGUUGAAUCCCUGAUCUUUGUAGAAGAAGCUUUGGGCUCGCUGUGACGUCCCCCGGAGGCGCUGGGAAUAGUGGAUGUGCCUUUUUUCUCACCGCCGCCUUUAGUUUCA